UACAAAAUAUUCAUGUUGACAAUGUUGACAGUUGGGGUUGGACAAUAUGAUAAUGUAAAAUCUAAAAUGUCAGUUAUUAAUCGUAUAUUAAUAAUGUUACAAUGAAACGAAAUUGGUAAUAUUAAAACAAAAUGAAUGUAAAGUUAAGAGCCCAGCAUCGUUUUGACCAUAAGUGGCUCAAAACAGAUUUGCAGUCGAUUUUUCGAAAACAAGAUGGAUUAGAUUCACUUUGGAAUAGACUAAUCAAUGAUGGUGAGGUGAUUGGACCUUUUUCGGAUGGUCUUCUAAACACUGCUGGCGUUGUUGCACGAAAAGGAGAAUCUGGAAAAUAUUACUGUGGUUUGCAAGUAUUAACUUGCACCUGUUGUGAUGGUAUAUGUGGUCCUCACUUUGGUUGUAAUUGCCAGCCAUGUCAGAAGCUUGAUCUCGAAGAGAAUGACCAGGUAAAAGAUGAAAAAGGUACAACUGUUACCCCUCAGUCGGUGCUAGAUUUGUGGAUAUGGGGACCUCCACCAACCUACGAACAGUUAGAAUCAUUUACAGAUAUCCUUAAUAAAGAACAACUUAAACUAUGCUUUGAAGCUGCAAGUACUUCUCUCUCAUUUCAAAGACUCCAUCGAGCAUUCUUAGUAUUCAAGCGUUACUUUAUUGCACUGAACAGGUCACCAUUUUUGUCAGAAGAGGAGGGUAGUAUAUAUAAAAGGAAGGCACAUGUACACAAUAAAAAUAGAAUAUGCAGUGAGACUAUGUUGUCACAUUCAUAUCAACAACAAGCAAGUUAUUUAGAUCCAUUAAAUGUUCAUUUUAAUCCCAUUAACGGAUUAGCCAGAGUUGGUUCUAGAGCUGCUCUUAAUUUUUCCUUUGCUUUCUUGAGAAGAGCAUGGAGAUUAGGCGAAGAUGUCGAUUUGUGCAGUGAUUUACUGUUGGAAUCAUUGGAAGCUCUGCAGAUAUUGCCAGUGGCUUCGUUAUUUGAUUGUUCCACUGUUUCGCCAGUUUGGUUGGAAGUGGCUGAUCGUUCUAUAAAAUUUUUGCGUCAAGUUGUCACCGGAGAUGUUGUGAGCGGCAGACAAUACUGUGAGAUUCCAAUACAAGAUCAGCACACCUCUCUUAACAUAUUAUUGGAAUUAGCUGUUCAAAAGGGAACGCUGUCCACCAUCUUAGACGUUUUGUUGCUUUUGCUUAACAUACAUGAUAAAACUAUUCAUUCGGACGAUAACAGAUCGUCAGUACAGUCGGCUAGCGCACCUUUAUUAACAUUCCUUAAAAAAUUUUCGAACAUCCCAUGCCACAAAGCGAACGUAUCUGAUGAAAACAAUUCUAGUGAUAUUUUAAACUGUGUUUCAAUGUAUCGAAAAAUGGUCCAAUUACCUACUGAUGAUGAUAUAGAAAUUGAUUUGCAGCAAGCUAGCGUCUUUUUAAUUUCACAUUUAGAACGGUUGGCUUCGCCACAUAUACCACCGCAGUCGUUGAGCAAUUCAUCAUCUAACUUUCAUGCCCAAAGCAUGUGGAUCUGGGGUUGUUUAUCCUGGGGAGGUGUCAACGAGACACAAAUUUGUGAAUCAAUAUCAGAACUGGGAAUUGUUCAGUUAGUAUGCUCCGAUCGAAAUUUAUACAUUUUGACCCGAACAGGUGUCCUAUAUUGUAUGCCAUUAAAUUCAGAAACUCCUUUUCCCCAUGUUAUUGAAGCUUUGAAAGAUGUAUUUGUAAUAAAAAUUGCUGGACAUGUUGAAGGAAAACAUCUUUUAGCUUUGACGAAAGAUGGUAUUGUGUACUCUUGGGGAAAUGGAGACAGUGGUCGAUUGGGACACGGUGAUGCAUUAGCCAGAGAAGAGCCAACAAUUAUAGAGUUGCUUCUAAACAAGAACAUUAUCGAUAUUGAAUGUGGAGGUACCUAUAGUGCUGCGAUUUCGGCUAAUGGUGAAUUGUACACAUGGGGCCGAGGGCAUUAUGGAAGAUUGGGGCACGGUAAAUCAGACGACUGCUUUUUACCAACUGUGGUUUCCGCUCUUUCUGGACAACAUGUGGUCAAAGUUGCUUGCAGUUCAGGUGACGCACAUACCCUUUGUGUAACAAAUCAAGGGAAGAUUUACAGCUGGGGCGAUGGUGACUAUGGAAAGUUGGGCCGUGGCGGUUCUGAUGGAUCGAAAAUUCCUAAAUUGAUUGAAGAAUUACAAAAUGUUGAAAUAACACAAGUUUAUUGCGGCACACAAUUUAGUUUGGCGGUUAGUAAGGAAGGUCAAGUUUAUAGUUGGGGAAAAGGCGAAGGAUGGCGUUUAGGACAUUCAACUGAUGAACAUGUUCGAUUUCCUCAAUUAGUAGAAAAAUUGAAAGAUAAACGUGUUAGAUGCAUUAGUCUUGGAAUAGGACAUGCUUUGGCAUUGACUGAUAAAGGAGAAGUUUAUGGUUGGGGGAAAAAUGAUUUUAAGCAAAUUUGUGACAAUGGGCUUUAUAUCCAAGAGCCGAUUCUUAUUGAAAAUUUACAUGGCCAGAGAAUAUUCGGAGUAUGUUGUGGACCAUCCCAAAGUUUUGCUUGGACAGAUUACAGUUGCUGGAUUCCACCACUUAAAUUACCAUUCGUCAUUGAUUUAAACGAAAAUACAUUUAAAUUUUUGGAUCAACUGUUAGCAGUUAUUUGCGAAAGGUGUCGUUCAAUGCCAGGUGCUCCCAUUGAACAGGAGAAAGAAAUAAUUGCAGUGUCCUGUUUGAAAAUUCUCAGUUUACAAUUACAUUGUAUCAUUAGCAAUAACGUUGAUGCUAAUACAUUCAAUUUUGGAUCUGGUAGUAAACUAUUGAAUAACAUAAAAUCCAAAGUCGUAUAUCUUGCUAGUACACCUGGGAUAACAUUAACUGUACAGACGAUUGCACAAUCAACACUUCAAGCUGGCUGGAGCGUCUUAUUGCCUACAGCUAACGAAAGAGCACAAACCUUGAGUUCCUUUUUGCCCAGUCCAGGUGUAGAAACCAACGCUUUGAGCUCUGGCCAUCGUUUCAUGUCUAAUUUAUUGGUGUGGAGUUUAAUGGUAGAUGGUGGUUUAGAAGCUGCUUUAUGCGAAGCACUUCGUUCUGAAAUUGUCGAAUUAGCGGAAGUCGAGGAAACUUUCGAAACCCUCACCACCCAGACUUCUAUUCCUCUGUUGCAUCUCAUCAAACAACUUAUAAAGAAUGGAAGCUCUUACAGCCAAUCUCGUUUGCAGGAGUACAAAAUAUAUAACAAAGUCCUUGCCCAAAAAAUGGAAGUUCCAGAUCUCAGUCUGUUGCUUAGAUUUCAAAGAUUGUUGAUAGCUAAGAUUUACACGCAGGAUUUGGAUUGCAGAGAAGCGGCGGAGUCUUUGUUGAAGAAAUACUUGUAUCACGUUAGUGUGUAUGCUACAGAAACUCUUCAACUUGCCUUUGAAAUAGCCGUCUCAAGUUCCAGAAAUUAUAUGUAUGUCUUGCAAAUAUUGAAGGGAGAUAUUGUGGAUGUACUGCUACCUGAACUCAUGGUCAGUCUUCUUCUUCUUCAGCAAGAAGUUCAACAUUUCUUAUUAUCUAUGGAUUGGUUAUAUGUAUUCGACGCUCUUUUUACAACCCUUGAUAAGUUCUGCCAUUUAACCCCGAAUAUAGAAGCUAUAGAUUCUGAUGACAUGUCAUGGCCUGGCAUGCAGCAAUUUAACACUACAUAUUCGUUUUGCAAAUCUCAUGAUGAUUUAACUCUUAUCAGAAAGGCCGAUUUAGAGAACCAUAAUUUGGAUGGGGGAUUAUGGGUGGUCAUUAAUAAUAGAGUUUAUGACGUUAAAGAUUAUAGAAGUGAGAAUUCUAUGCUACCAGAAUUAUUGCAAAGGUAUGCGGGAAAGGAUGCUACUCAAAUAUUCAAUUCUCCUCAUAACUUGACCACGUUGCAAGAAAUGGAAUCAUUCGUCGUCGGUAUGUACUGUCAAAAUGACACUGAAAUUCCUGCGUCUCUAAUGGAAUACGUGACGCUGUCAAAAACAUUAACGGAGACGCAUAGAUGUUUAGGCUUUUUAUUAGGACUUCAUGCACAUUCCUUAAGACAGAGUUAUCCCUUGCAACCCGUUGAAAUUGAAGCAGAAGCCUGGCUUAAGGCAGAAUUCUUAGUUGGUGGAUUGCAGCUAUCUCAGCCUCCUAAUCCUUACGAAGAAGAGAAAGGAGAAGCGCGAAGCACAAAUUCUACCGCUGGUAAUACUCCAACAGAGCCUAGAAUAAAUGAAUCACAAAAACCAGUUCGUUCUUGGCAAGUUGCAUUUGAUAAAGUCAGCUCCUUCAUUUAUGCAUUGGCCGAAAGUCGAAUUUCGGACUCGUACGUCAUUGCUUUUCUGGCUAUUGUUGAACAAUACUGCAAGCAAAAUAAUUUCUUAAGCAGAGUGGAUUUUUCAUUUGAACACCCUGUUGAAGAAAUUGGUAGAGUGUUAUGUGCAGUCCUUCUGAAACAUUUGGGACUCGGUUAUGUUUUGUUACCGAUUUUGGAUUCCUAUUUGACUCAAGCAGAUUUCAAGAUUUCGAAGCCCAUUGCGGAUAUGAUAAAGGUUGUCCACGACACUAAAUGGAAACUAAUUAAAGUACGCCAAGAAUUAAAUCGUAGUUAUAAAGAAGUAUGCAUUCCAGUGUUGGAAAGGUGCCGUUUUCUUCUGUAUGAAGUCAAACCGGCAGUGAGCAUUGAAAUGGAUGCUUAUAAUAAAAUAAACGUACUGCACAAAGAACCACGGGUAAAGACAUUAAUAAGAAAAGUCAUAAGGGAAUUGAAAUGUGGAAAAUUAAAGUUCGACAUUUACAAGCCUGAAGAUAUUGUUAAUGCAACUAUUCAAUCACAAAGUCAAAAAUGUACUGAAGAUAUACAAAAGAUAAAUAAAAGUUCUACUUCCGAUAUUAGAAAUAGCGAAACUAAAACUGAAGCAGAUGAUUUCAAUAAUGAAAUCAAAAACAGCGGUGUCAUUGAGAAUAGGAUACACUCUGACGCCAUUCAUUAUAAUGCCAGUAAAUGUUGUGACCAGAAAUCAAUAAAAAAUCGUACAGACCUUAAAACUGAACUGGAAGAAAAACUUCACUCUUCCGAAAAAAGAGAUUCUGCCGUUUGUAAUCAGGUACUUCAAGAAGAAAAAUAUAAACGGAUAGAAUCUGAAAUAUUACUUAGUAAUAUUUUAAGUAAAAUAAUGGAAAAGAGGGUACAGAAGACUUUUUUGGAGAAGGCUAAUCUUAUGUAUAAUAUUGUUGAUUUUUUAACGAAAGAUCAUGUCUGUGAUAUUGACGUUUUGCGAAAAGCAAUGUACAGUCAAGUGAAACGAUGUAAAUUUCGCAAAGAGGGAUUACUAUUAGUUAAAUAUUUGCUCGAAAAAACGUAUCUUCUAAAAUCUAGUCAUUAUGCAAUAUUGAACGGUUAUAUUGGCGUCACAUUUAAAAAUACUAACGAGAACGUUUCUCAUUGUUUGGACAAUAUACAUUUAGUAACUCCUGCGUUGAAAACCGACAUUCUGCUUGCAGAAAUGUAUGUUGUCGACUGGUGUAUAAACAAUUUAAGAUUUUUAAUCAUGAAAGAUAUUCCCGCGAAAAUUGGAAAAUCUAGAUUAUGUACCGUCAAAGGAAAUUUAAAUUUAGGGACUUACUCGUUCUUAAGAGAUACACCCAAAGCAAGAAUGUUAUUGGCUAUUAUGGGAAUUUUAGCAGCGAAUCGAUAUACUGCUGUAGAAUUGAAUCAGAUUGUGAAUAGUGGAGUUAUUAGUUCAGUAUUGUCGUUGCUUCGUCAAAUAGGUUGCGAACAAAGUGCAGUAAAAAAGAAUAUGGAAUGCUAUGUAUUAUAUGCAAACAGCCUAGAAUUGAAUAAGCCCAAGAAAACGUCACUCUCAGGACCAGAGCUGGCAUCUAUGAUGAAACUAGGAGUGAAGGUUGUCAGAGGAGUCGAUUGGAAAUGGGGAGAUCAGGGUUGUUCGGAAAGUGCUAAUACAAUGAAAGAUUAUCAUCUAACACAGUUGAUACGGAAUGCAGCUACUAACGUACUUCACAACAUCACCGUUAGCGCUGGUUUAACUACGAAUCUUCACCAGUUAACAGCGCAUAGUCUCAGUCGGUUAUUUUCACAUUCCUUGCAAAAUUCAACCCAUGAAUGGUGCUCUUUAACAAUGAUUAAAAGUAUUUCUCAGUCACCUCAGCUUCAGCAAGCAAUUAGUACUAAGCCUUGGAUUGAGAUGCUGUUGAAUAAUAUCUCCAUCUCAAAUACCUUCAGAGGAAAUGAAUUGAAUUUACCGAAGCAGAUACAUUCCGUUCGACUUUUGAAAACGGUACUGCAAUCGUGGGACCUAGAUCACCCAGAAAUAUUGCCUACUGUUGAAAAGUUGUUGAAUAUACUUGGAAAAACAAUGUUAACUUGCUGUUACGAUUAUGGAAACAAGCCAUUAUCCGACACAAAAAAUCACGUUCUACUCACACAAUCUCAUAGUAGUACACUUUCUCAAGAAAUAAUUAGUCUGAUGCGUUAUUUACAUACCAUCGUUGGCUGGAAUCAAGUUAUAAAUGCAACAGUUGGUAACAAACUGAAGUACGCUGUACAAAUACUAAGGGAGAAUACGUCUUCAUGCACCGGUGAAACAUUAUCAGUUGAACAUCAAACUAUGACAACAGCAUGUUUAAAUGUUAUUGGAGCAUAUGACCCCAGGCCCAGAAUAGGAGCUCUUGCUGAAUAUGAUGGUAAUGUUGGAACAAUCACUAGAGUGACACAGAAAGGGAAAUUGGGCAUCCAGCUACACAAUUCUGGCGAUCUUAAAAAAAUUGCAAUUUCCGGUGUGAAAUUAAUUGCAGAUAACGAAUUUGGUUUAGAUAAAAUGCCAUUUAAUGAAAAUAUGACUAAAAUUUGGGCAACAUUGAUGGUGAACAAGCAGAUUAGUGGCUAUGAAAGAAAAAUUAUUCCAGGCCAAGUUCUGCUACCAUACCUACGAAGUCAACAGACAAUGUUAUACUCUCUUUGUGUCACAAAGUUACUUCACAGUAAUCAAAAUAAGUUGCGAAAAGUUCUUAAGUGUCACGUCAGUUCAUUGGAUAUUUGUCAAGAUCAGACGUCUCCUGACGACCAACAGCAACAAUCAGCUCUAUUAAUACAAAAGAUUCUCUCUAAAGCAGUACAGCCAAGCCCUUUGAAGCCGUGCUUCACCUUAGAAGACAUGCAUCUCGCCGCAUUGAAUCUCAGCCAAUACCUAGCUGCGGAGUGUAAUCAAGAGAAAAAUCUUAUGACUAGUUCCGAUAAAAUUGUCGCAAAAUCUGCAAAGACAGAGGUUAACAGCGAAUUAGCAACUCCUAGUAGCGAAUGUUCGUCCAAAUCUAUUUUAGUAGAAAAAAAGAAAAAGAAACGCGAAGAAAACUCCAAGGAAGUGAAUAUAGAUUCCCUUGUUAUUCAAAUAAUGGAGAUGGGUUUUACUAGAAAAAGCAUUGAGAAUGCUAUUAAGUCAUUAGGUAUAAUUCCAGAAUCACUCUUAACACCAGAGUCAGUUGUGUCUUAUCUUCUCGAACGACCUGAGGUUAUGAUGGAAAAUGACGAAGUUAGCGACGAAUAUUCCAGCGAUACAGAUUCAGAAUUUGACAAUAACGUUAUAACAUCUCAUUCUCCUGCAGGCGAUUACAAUGCCACAGAAGUGAUUGUGAAUCCCAUCAACUAUAUGCAGAGAUCCGAUUUCUUAUCGAAUGAUGAGUAUGCUAUGUAUGUAAGAGAUAAUGUUGAAGUGGGAAUGUUGGUUCGUUGUUGUAAAAGCUAUGAAGAAGUACACGUUGGCGACAUUGGAAAAAUUAUUAAAAUCGAUAGAGAGGGACUACAUGAUCUAAAUUUGCAGGUAAACUGGCAAAAUAGAUUGAGUACUUACUGGGUUCGCUUUAUACAUGUAGAAUUAUUGGGAUUUCCUCCUUCCACUUCAGCUGUUCCCAUUAAAGUUGGUGAUAAAGUACGAGUGAAGUCGUCUAUUAGUACUCCUCGUUACAAAUGGGGAUUUGUUAAUCAUGAAAGUGUCGGAAUAGUUAGAUCAAUUGCAACAAAUGGUCAUGAUAUUACGGUAGAUUUUCCAAAACAGUCAAAUUGGACGGGUUUAAUGUCGGAAAUGGAAGUUGUUCCCAGUAGUCACGAAGGUGUCCUCUGUAGUGGCUGUGGCCAGAAUCCUAUUAAAGGUGCACGCUUUAAAUGUAAAAGUUGCGAUCAAUUUAACUAUUGUGAGAAUUGUUUCUAUACCAAAAAGAAUCAUCGUCAUUCGUUUAACAGAUUCGUAGAACCUGGUUCUCCGGCUGUUUUUGCUGGUAAGCCUGGCAGGUAUUUUAAAAACAUCGAUUCCGACAUGGAAGGUCUAAUAACUGAUUGGAGCCGUUGUGUAAAAAACGUGACUGUAUCUUCUAGAGAUUUUACCACACAUUUUGAAAUACCCAAUGGUACAUGGCAAAGUUGUGGAUCACAAGGAAAGCAUUGGAUUCGUUUAGAAAUGGCACCGGAUAUAAUUAUACGAAGCCUUGUAUGUAGCACCGAUCCAGCUGAUAACAGUUAUAUGCCUUCGGUGAUCGUUGUGAGCGGUGGAAGUACCGUGAAUUCUCUUUCUGAAUUGAACGUCAUCAAUGUUAGACCAACGGAUACUGCAAUCACGUUAUUAUGCAAUAUGAAUGAGUAUUAUCCUCUUAUUGAAGUAGCGGUUGUUAAAUGUCGAAAUGGCGGUAUAGAUUGUAAAAUUCAUGGGUUGUCAGUAGUUGGUUCUAAAAGGCAGUCUUACGGAGAGAUAAAAACAUCAUCUUCUUUUCUUGCCAAUGACUGGGAUUUAAAUGAAAGCAAUUUCAGAACAACAUAUGUUGGCUCAACCGUUUCAUCAGUUGUGAAAACAGCAAGCUCAGAUGCUUCUGAAGAUUUUCAAGUCUACGUGUGGGGUUUAAACGAUAAAGAUCAACUCGGUGGUAUGAAAGGUUCUAAAGUGAAAACUCCGACAAAGUCUGAAAUUUUGAGUCAAUUGAGACCCAUUCAUAUUGCAGGAGGUUCAAAAUCACUUUUUAUUGUUUCACAGGAUGGAAAGCUUUACGCUUGUGGGGAAGGUUUAAAUGGUAAACUAGGCCUUGGACAUCAUAACAAUGUAUCAUACCCACGUCAGAACUCCUUUUUAAGCCAAUAUAUUAUUAAAAAGGUUGCAGUUCAUUCGGGUGGAAAACAUGCAAUGGCAUUGACUUCAGACGGGAAAGUAUUUUCCUGGGGCGAUGGAGAAGACGGAAAACUUGGCCACGGUAAUAGAUUAAGUUUAGACAAACCAAAGAUGAUAGAAACGUUAAGGAGUAAGAGAAUUCGAGAUGUUGCUUGUGGCAGUUCUCAUUCGGCGGCCUUAACGAGCAAUGGUGAAUUGUACACGUGGGGAUUAGGGGAGUAUGGCCGACUGGGACAUGGCGACAAUAUGACUCAGUUAAAGCCUAUGCUGGUUAAAGCUCUUCUUGGCCACCGAGUAAUUCAAAUUGCCUGCGGCAGCCGUGAUGCUCAAACAUUAGCUCUUACUGAUGAAGGUCUUGUUUUUUCUUGGGGGGAUGGAGAUUUUGGGAAGCUGGGUAGGGGUGGUUCAGAAGGCUGUAACAUUCCUCAUAACAUAGAACGUCUGAAUUCAUUGGGAAUAAUCCAAGUCGAAUGUGGCGCACAAUUCUCAUUAGCCCUUUCAAAAACGGGAGAGGUGUGGACUUGGGGCAAAGGUGACUAUUUUCGAUUGGGUCAUGGCACCGAUCAGCAUGUACGAAAACCGACAGUUAUAGAAAGUUUAAAAGACAAAAGAGUUAUUCAAGUUGCGGUUGGAGCCCUGCAUUGUCUCGCUGUGACCGAUUCAGGACAAGUUUAUGCUUGGGGUGAUAAUGACCAUGGUCAACAAGGCAACGGUACAACUAUAGUUAAUCGUAAACCAGCGUUAGUACAUGGUCUGGAAGAUAUUUUUAUUAACCAUGUGUCUUGUGGUAGUUCACAUUCCAUAGCCUGGUCGGUGAAGGAUAAUCCAAUUUCUAAUAAACACGAACCAGUUAUAUUUUCGGUAGCAAAGGAUCCCCUUGGAGCUAGCACCUUGGGCCUUUAUGAUGACGAAAAGACGACCAAAGAUGACAGAAAUAGCAAAAACAAUUCUAAAUUAAGUACGAUUGUAAUGAGUUUGGAAAGUAGUACUUCGAAACAACAGGCAUUACAACACGUUCUUAACGCAAUGCACAUUCAUCAACUUAGACAGGCAAUCGUUAAGGCUCUUUCGAGUCAUACUAAUGUUCCACAGGAGCUUAAAAAUAAGUUGAGCGUAUCGAAUACUGCUUUUGAAAAUUCAAAUUCUCAACUAGGACAUAAUUCAAUGAAAGAAAUGGAGAUUGCAUGUGGUGGUGGGGAAGCUCCUGCUUCUUUGUCGGAAGUGGAUUUAAAUAAUCAUCCAACAACUCCAGAGACUGACGAAAAUGCAGUUGCUCUUCUUCAAUCGAUGACAAGUAGCUGUUCUGCAAGCAUUUCAUCAAAACAUUCUAGAAUGUCAACUAGUGCCAUGUCUGUAAUUGCAGCUACGUUAACAUCCCACACGGAGGUUAUUGGAGAAGGUGAUGUAUCCGGACUUGACGAAUUUACAACCCUUCUUACCGAAAACGAUGCUCGUCUUCUGGUUGAUAUGUUAAAGCUGGCGGUAACAGAUAGGAUUGAAGAUACACAGGCAAAAGAAAUAAUUUCAUCAGUAUUAACCAAUAUGGGCAGCAAUAACAAAACUAUUGGUUUGAUGUUACUUGAAAUUUGUGUGACUGAGCUAGAAGAUACGGCAAGUAAUACUCAAACAUUGUCAUUGGUUCCUCAUCCUGUUGUACAAGAAUCAAGCCAUCCGUAUGUUGAUGAUGUUACAUUGAGAGGACAUGUGCGCUUACCCGGUGCUGACGCUCUAAGAAUAGAGUUUGACAGAAGAUGCUCAACAGAAAGAAGGCACGAUCCGUUGCAAAUAACUGACGAAACAGGGAGGGUCGUUGCUACUAGAUCAGGAAGGGAGUGGAGUGAUUGGUCCGCCGAACUGAGAAUUCCUGGUGAUGAAUUACAUUGGUCUUUUACUAGUGACAGUUCCGUGAAUGGAUGGGGAUGGCGGUUUACAGUUUACCCGGUGAUUUCAAUUCAAAAUACAAAAGAAUUGGGUUCGGAUAAAACUGUCCUAAGUCAGCCAUCUAUCGAUAUGGUCAUGUCAUUACUGGAUAAUAGACUUUAUGUUUGUGCUGAUAACCAUUUGAUGGCUAGAUUAGCUGCUGCUUUGGCGGAGUGUUCUCAGUUAAGUUUCCUUUCGCCAAGUCAAAGAAUGUGGGCUUUAAAAAAGUUGCAUGAUAUUCUUGUUCCUCAAAACGCCGAUGAAAACGCCAUCGGGCAUCAACUUCGACAGCUGAAAGCUCCUGAUGGUGCUCUCGGUUCUCUUCUUGAAGAACUUCCACAAGCUCUUUUGCAGCAGUACACAUAUGAAGAUACAUCAGUGAGAGCGGGUCUUCAUCUUAUGCAUUCUGAUUUCUUUAAGGUUUUGGUAGCUCUGGCUUGUGAUUUGGAACUUGAUAAGAUGUCAGGAAUAGUAGACAGUUAUAGAUGGUCGUGGUUUCGAAGAUAUUGUAACGCAGCUCGUAUAGCAAAAGCUCUUAUAAGUAGAACCUCCUUUCCAUCAAAUUUUUGCCAUGAAAUUCGUAAAAAAUUAGCUGACUUACCGGCUGAGAAUGAAGAACAAAUGUGGGAUUAUGAGAAUCACAACAUAUUUAAAAAGGAGCAUGAUAAGCAACUGCUAAUAUGGUUGAACAGACGGCCUGAAGACUGGACCCUGUCGUGGGGAGGCUCAGGUACUAUCUACGGAUGGGGUCACAACCACAGAGGCCAGUUGGGAGGUAUUGAAGGCGCUAAAGUUAAAAUUCCUACUCCUAGUGAAGCCUUGUCGAGCCUUCGACCUGUUCAAGUAGUGGGAGGUGAACAGACUUUGAUUGCUGUCACUACUGAUGGAAAAGUUUAUGCUACAGGCUACGGAGCAGGAGGUCGUUUGGGCAUAGGUGGUACCGAUUCAGUUUUGGUUCCGACUUUAAUAGAAUCUAUUCAACAUAUUUUUAUCAAAAAGGUUGCUGUUAAUUCCGGCGGAAAACAUUGCUUAGCUUUGACGGCCGAUAAUGAGGUAUAUUCAUGGGGAGAAGGCGACGAUGGAAAAUUAGGCCAUGGGAAUAGAAAUGCAUGUGAAAGACCUAAACUUAUUGAAGCGCUACAAGGUUAUGAAAUAAUUGAAAUUGCUUGUGGUGGUGCUCAUUCGGCUGCGAUAACGAGUUCAGGUCAGUUGUUUACUUGGGGCAAAGGAAGAUAUGGUCGUUUAGGACAUGGUGAUAGCGAAGACAGAUUGAAGCCAAAAUUGGUUGAAGAACUUUUAGGGUACAGGGUAAUUGAUGUUGCUUGUGGUUCUGGAGACGCUCAGACCCUUUGUGUGACAGACGAUGAUAAUGUAUGGUCAUGGGGCGAUGGUGAUUAUGGCAAACUUGGUAGGGGAGGAUCCGACGGAUGUAAAGUACCAAUGAAGAUACCAAGUUUAGUAGGACUUGGAGUCGUCAAAGUUGAAUGUGGAUCGCAGUUUUCAGUGGCGUUGACAAGAUCAGGAAGCAUUUAUACGUGGGGCAAAGGUGAUUACCAUCGUUUGGGACAUGGAACCGAUGAUCACGUUCGGUUUCCAAAACAAGUAUCGUCUCUACAGGGAAUAAGAAUAAUAAAUAUUGCCACAGGAUCAUUGCACUGUGUUGCUUGUUCUGAUGAGGGUGAAGUGUACACUUGGGGUGAUAACGACGAAGGGCAGCUUGGAGAUGGGAGUACGAAUGCCAUACAUCGACCACGUUUGGUCAGCGUUCUUAAGGGAAAGAAGAUAACGAACGUUGCAUGUGGUUCUGCACACACGUUGGCAUGGUCAACAAACAGUUCUAACAUAUCUGCCCAUCUUCCAACGCAAGCGCCUCUUGAGUAUGAUCUUUUAAAGGAUAUUCCAAUAUGGGUACUACACAGACGAUUGGUCCUUCUACAUCACUUUGCAGGAUUAAUUUGUCCAUGCAUCACAAUGUUUCCUCUCAUUGGACCGUGUUCACUGUCAGAAUUGAGGGAUAUUUUAGUGUACAGUAUUAAGGAAGCUACAUUUAAAAAGGUUAUUCAAGCAACGAUGGUUCGUGAUAAACAACAUGGUCCCAUUAUAGAACUCAAUCGCAUUCAAGUGAAGCGUUCUCGCUCCCGAGGAGGAUUAGCCGGGAUCGAUGGAAUGAAGUCUGUGUUUGGACAGAUGGUAUCUAAAUUACCAUUACUUACCACAGAAGCUCUUUCUUUGCCUCAUAGAGUUUGGAAAGUUAAAUUUGUCGGAGAAAGUGUGGACGAUUGCGGAGGUGGAUACAGCGAAAGUAUCGCUGAAAUGUGUGAUGAGUUGCAAAACGGUUCGCUUCCUUUGUUUAUUCCUACUCCAAAUGGUAGAGACGAAUCCGGGACAAAUAGAGAUUGCUUCUUGUUGAACCCUUCUUCUAAAUCUUGUUUGCAUUUGAAUAUGUUCCGAUUUUUAGGGGUAUUAAUGGGAAUAGCAAUUCGUACCGGAUCUCCGUUAAGUUUAAGUCUGGCAGAGCCCGUUUGGAAGCAGUUGGCAGGCAUGGAGCUUACACCGGGCGACUUAACUGAAGUGGAUCGGGAUUAUGUGCCGGGCUUGUUGUGUAUCAGAGAUAUGGGACCUGAUGAGAGAAUGUUCCAGAAUUUGGAAAUGCCGUUUAGUACUCCAUCAUCAAGUGGAGUUGAUGUUCCACUAAGUACUAGAUACAAAAGAAUAACAUAUGAAAAUCGCUUGGAGUAUGUGAAGUUGGCAUUAAAUUUUAGGCUUCAUGAAUUCGAUGAGCAAGUUAAAGCAGUUCGCGAUGGCAUGUCUCGAGUAAUUCCCGUUCCACUGCUUUCUCUAUUCAGCGCAUUUGAGUUGGAAACAAUGGUCUGUGGAUCUCCUGAUAUUCAACUCUCCUUGUUAAAAUCUGUUGCUACAUAUAAAGGUGUUGAUGGUAGUGCUCCUUUAAUACACUGGUUUUGGGAUGUUAUGGAAGAGUUUUCAAACCAAGAGCGAUCAUUGUUUCUGCGAUUCGUAUGGGGACGAACCAGACUUCCUAGGACUAUAGCAGACUUUAGAGGGCGUGACUUUGUAAUUCAAGUCCUUGAUAAAUAUAAUCCACCUGAUUAUUUCUUACCCGAGAGUUAUACUUGUUUCUUUUUACUUAAAAUGCCAAGAUAUUCGUGCAAGCACGUCCUUCGAGAAAAAUUGAAGUACGCCAUUCACUUCUGCAAAUCAAUAGAUACGGAUGAAUAUGCUCGUGUAGCAAUGGCAAGUGAUGUAGCUGUAAGUUCCAGCUCCGAUGCAGAAAGUGAUGCGGAAAUCGACAGCAUUGCUGGUCAUGAGACGUUGUAAUUGAUUUGUUUCACAUAAUUUUACAAUAAUUAGUUCAUUUAUUUUAUUCGCAUUUUUUACGUUUAACGCUGCUAGUUAUUGUAAUUCGUAGCGCUUUGUCAGUAUUAAUUUAUUAUUAUUAGUUAUUGCAACAAUUUAACCACUCAUUAGAAUAUUAUACUAUGUACCGCAUUUGUAUCAAACUAGUCAAUCAAUGUUCUACGAAUUAAAACGUACUGCGGCAAAUAUAUUCCUACAUAAUAUAUUU